UAAGUAUUCGCCGAGUGCAUAUUCUUCCUCCCACUUCACACUCGGUGCUCGUUCAGUCAGUUCAUUGCGGAUAGUCUACUUAACAAGAAUCGUUUCCCCGUGGAAACAACGAAUAAUGAGUCACCGGUAUGGCACCGAACUGCGAAAUAAAAUUUGACAACAAUCCGCUGGGCAUCUACCACUCCGGUCAAACACUGUCCGGAAAAGUAGAACUGUAUCUCGAUAAACCUUACUCUGUUAAUGGUUUUCGCUUGAUUAUCAAUGGUUGUGCUGAAAUCGAGUGGAGCGAGGACAAUAAUGAUAAAAGAGACACAUACAGGGGAACGGAAAAUCUUUUGCAAGCCGAGACAGCAUUUAUUGCUCCAAGCAAAGCAGGCCCAGUAGAAAUCCCGGUAGGCACUCACGUGUACAACUUUUCUUGUGUGCUUUCCCCCUCUUUGCCUACUUCGUUUGAGGGGAAUUAUGGUAAAAUACGAUACACUGUGUGCGCUAUUCUUGAUCGGCCUUGGAAAUUCAACAAAACGUGUAAAGCGGCAUUCACCGUGUUGAAGCCAUUAAAUUUGAAUCUGGAUCCACUUAUGGGGCAGCCGCAACGCGCGGAUGUGACGAAAACCUUCUGUUGUUGGCCGUGUAAAUCACGCCCACUGUUGAUUACAGUAGAAUUACCGGCCAAAGGAUAUGUUCCAGGCCAGAAAAUUCCGCUCACGAUCACAUUGAACAACACCAGUAGUGUAGCACUAAACGGCGUUAAAAGCAGUCUGGAUCGAAUUGAAUGCUACAUCAGUACAAUACCAUACGAGAAGACCAAUCGAGUGCACAAAACCCUUGCCAGUGUAUCGACAGCAGUCACCAAUGACGUUUAUUCACGUGUGACUCAAUUCUUGGACAUUCCAUCUAUUGCGCCCACUGGUAGCUGUAGCAUUCUAACCAUCGAGUACGAGCUGAAUAUAAUCGCACAAGUCGAAAGUUGUCGAAUCAAUCCAAAAAUUAAGAUUCCCAUUACCAUUGGUACGGUUCCCUUGAUGGCUACGGCACUUCCGACUUCAUCUGCCGGCACUACAGCACAAUAUGGAUCGUGUGGCGAGUUUCAACAACCAACAGCUCCUUACUUCGAGGACAAUGAAACGCCUCCCCCGACCUACCAGGAAGCAACGCACGGUGUAGCAGUAAAUGUGAACGAUGAUCCACAUGCUAUCGGAUUCCAACCAUAUGUGCCUCGAUAUCCUGUGUACAGGUUUGAGCACAGUACUCCAAAGUGCUGAGAAAUCUCUAUUUUAUUUUAAUAUAAAUAUAUAUAUAUUUCAUCUCGUGCCA